AUGAUGUUACGAAUGUUAUUCUUUAUAUGCGUUUGUCUUCUUGUCUAUAUUCCACAUACAUCUAUUCAAGAUGUAUCAAUAUCAAAAGACAAUGUUCAACCUUCAUUACCACGAACAACACCAUCUAAUACUACAGAAACUAUUGAACAACUUAUUCGUUGGUUAACUGAACAACAAUAUCAAUAUGAAAUAGCAUAUUAUGCAUUAACGUUAACUAAUGUUUUUCCAAAUUUUGCGAAAAUAUUUCAUGAACAAAGUGAACAAAAAUAUAAUGAUAUCAAAAGUCUUAUUCGUCUUAGUCAAAUACUUAAUCUCGAUAUUAAUUUAAGAUUUAUAUCAUCAAAUUUAGUUAAUCGACCAAUUCGUUUUUUAUCACCUGAUCGAAUAAAUAAAACAAAUUUUAUUGAAUUUUUUUCCAUGUUAAAAUCCCAUGAAUGCGAAAUAACAUUUACAACAUUAUCGAAUGCAUAUCGACAAGCAAUAAAUAUGACUGUUCCAUUACAAAUUUAUUUAAAAGAAAAACUUUUCAUGAAACAAAUUUUAACAUGUAAAUUAAUAUCUGAUCUUUAUCGUCAACUUGAUCGUUUUAUUAAACCAAGUUCGAAUGAUCGUUCUAUUCCAUUUUCACUAAUAUAUAUUGAUUCUCGAGCUAAACUUAUGUUGUCACAAUAA